AAGAGUAACAUCUGCUAAAUACCUACUACGCGUCCUUAAAUAAUUAACGUGGUCGGGAUGGCAAAGAGAGGAAAAAGUAGAAAGAAUUCUGAUGCUCCUCUUUCUUUAGGAAGACACACGAUCGGCGGACGUGUUGGCAAGAAGAACGACAAAAAGACUGACUCUGGAACAACUGAAAGUAAAACUAGCUUCAGCAAGCGCGUUGCAAAAGAGCUAAAAAAUAAUGAAUUAUUUCAAAGACUGAACAGUGCUGGAAAACAAGAAACAAAUGCUAGUCCUCAAGCAUCCCAAAAGAAUCUCUUCAAUCGUGUUCAGGCUCCGUUAAAGGCCUCUUCAUCUCCUCCUUCUUCAGUUCUUGCCAAUGGCUCAAUUUCUAUUCGUGGUACGGCAGGACCCACCACCGUUGCAAUUGAAAACUUGGCUCCAGGAACCUCUUCAGAAGACGUCUCUGCAACUCUUCAAAGAUUUGGUGAAAUCUCUCAAUGCCAGGUUUUUGAUACGCAGGGCAAAGUUCGGGCUAGCGUAAAAUUUACUACGUUCUCGAAUGCUCAGCAGGUGGUACAGCAACUUGAUGGUGUUACAGCAGAUGGUCGCAAAUUAUCUUGUUACAUAAAAAAGAACAAACCUAAAAAAGGAAAAAAUAAACUUAAAAAAUUUUCCUGUUCUUGCGAGAUAAUUUCCUCUCUCAAUUUAAGCAGGUGCUUUAACCAGAUGAAAGUCAUUUGUCUAUAUGCCAGUUCAUGA